CUUCAACCUGGCACCCCGGAGGCAUCGGCUGUACUUCUGCGCCAUGUCCGAUAUCAAGUUCGUCCAGGUUGUGCUGUGCUGUGUGCCACUGCUGCUGGCCGCCGGCGUAUCAGCCAACCCCGGCUUUGAGGACCUCCGCCGCAGCCCGGACAUGGAGGCAAAGGACAGCGAGGUGGACACCACGGGAGUGCUGGACCCGGCGCAACACAAGCUGAUGAACUACCAGAAGCCCCCCCUUGGAUACAAGGACUACGAGUACUUCCUGGCUCCGCGUCGAACGGGAGAUCGAGAUCGGGAUCUCUAUGCUGCCGACAACGAGUUGGGUGCCACCUCAGCACUGAAGAUACACGGAGACGGCAAUCUGGCGGCUCUGAACAGGCCAGUCAGUGGCAUCGUGCCCAAGGCCCUGCCCUGGUACGGCGACUACUCUGGCAAGCUGUUGAACAAUAUGCCCACAUACCCCUCCAGGUCCUAUGAUCCCUACAUCCGCCGAUACGACCGAUUUGAUGAGCAGUAUCAUCGUAACUAUCCGCAGUACUUUGAGGACAUGUACAUGCAUCGACAGCGCUUCGAUCCGUACGAUAGCUACAGUCCCCGGAUACCACAGUACCCGGAUCCGUACGUAAUUUAUCCGGACCGUUACCCGGACUCGCCGUCAGCCAGGGACUAUGCGAAAAUGCGUCGCGGAUACAUCGAUGAGCCCAUGGCGCCGAUCGAUUUCUACGGCACUAGCAAGUACGGCUUUUCCAAGCAGUCGGAUCUGCCUUUUCCGGCUAUACCGCCUCGUAACGAGCGGAUCGUGUACUAUGCCCACCUGCCGGAGAUUGUGCGAACACCUUAUGAUACUGCGGCCCCGGAGGAGCGUAACUCUGCUCCGUACAAGCUGAACAAGAAAAAAAUUAAAAUCAACCAGCGACCUUUGGCGAAUAAUGGUACAACCUAUAAGAUGACGUUGUAGAGGUCUCUUAGAAACUAAGACUUUUUUUUUUGUAUUCAUUAUUCGACAGCAUUUGUAUCUGACACCCAUAAAGCUAAGCACCAAGUUCAGCGUUUGGAUAUUUUUUAACUGUAUGCAAUCACGACAUUAAAUUAAAAAUUCAAUCAACUCCCAUUAAAAACUACCCGAGUUCAGGGUCUAACAUCAAAUGCCGAUUGGCGAAACAAAGGUCGAUGACGACCUUUAAAAUUAAACCAAAAAGAACGCUAUAGACGAGUUCCCCGACUAUCAGAAAACUCAAAUUAAAUAAGCCACUAGAAAUCAAUCGGGUAUUAGGUGGCGCCAUCUGCCGAACUGCAGGGUCAGCACUACAAGCAAAGAGCGAGAAGUACCCCUGGCGCCCGCUAAAUGAAACGAACUAAAAACAAGAGAGAAAGUACACUUCGGCAAGCCGAAGUUUAAUGUCCUUUCAGCCAUUGCCAAAAUCAAAUAUUCCUUAAAACAUCUAAAUUUUGUUUUAUAUGCGUGUAUGUUUAAAAACAUUUAAUCGAUGAUGAUUAAAAACAUUUGAGCGAUUCCGAUUUUCGGCUCAUUUAUUCGGUGGUUUUCUAUGUAUUGCUUAAAGUUGCUAAAAAUGAUGUAAAAACUGCCAAAAAAAUGCUAAAUCGUUAAAAUUUUCUUUUUCAACAUAUAUUUGUAAACUUUGCCCAAUUUAAUAUUUGCAGCAGCUUUACAAGCUGAAAACUGCUCCACAGUGUUUGGCAAAUUGAAGGCAUAGUGCCUGUUCCUGUUCCUCCGUUUUUGUGGACUUACGAACAAAAGGCAAAGUUUAUUUUUGCGUAAAUGCGCCCAUCGCAACCACAUGUUUAUUUUGAGCCGGCGUGGUGACGAACAUCAUAAAUUUUUGUACAUAUUGCGGACUUAAAACACGCACAGCAUGUAUGUAUCAGUGCAGUCCUUGCAAAUCCAUUGCUUGAACUCCCCAUCAUUACAUUAACUUCUGGCAUCUUAACGCAAGCUCACAACACAGCAAAAGAGUGACUUGCUGUGAACCAUUUUUAAUUGUCAUUUGUGCAAUCAAUUUAAAAAAGGUGUAAAAAAGGCAAAAAUGGAAACGAAAAAUAAAAAAUUGAUUGAGGGUGAGGCUUAAUACAUAACCCAGUAACAUGCACCCAGCAUUGCAUCGGGAUUCGGCUCCGAAGUUCAACACCCCAAAUUGCCGGUACCCUUCUUUCAUGAUAUUUGUCCACAAAAAUUCUUCAUUAUCAAAUGUCCAAAAAUUCCACAUCCUUAAGCAAGCGCCUCCUGCUGAUCAAGACCAGGACGUUCGCCAAAUGGAUUUAACGGAGAAGAACUACAAUACCGCAUGGGAUCUUAUUGUAAAACAUUUCAAUAAUCCCCGCCUGUGAUUCAUUCAUCACAUGAACGCUUUGUUCGUCUUGUCAGUCAUAACAAAGGAAAGCUUUUUGGACAUCAAACACAUGCUCAACAUGACCAACAUGACCAAUGUCUGCAUCAACGAGUUCACUCGUCUCAAGAUCGCCAUCCAGUCAAUGUUUUUAAACAUAUAUGCAAGUAAAUCAUAAUUUAAUGAGUUUUAGAAUUUUUAAUUUUUGAAAUAGUUGCAAGGGUAUAUGAACUUCGGCUUGCCGACGUUGGCUUCCUUUCUUAUUUAAGAUAUUUUAAAAGAAGUUUUUUUUCGCAUUUUUCAAUUUAUAGUGGAGAUUUAAAAAAUGCCAUAUUUAGCAGAGCAAUGGACUUUACUAAAAAAAAAAGUGGA